AUGCCAAGAACCCUCGCUACAGCACGCGGGCGCUGUCCCCAGAAGGCCGCCUUGAAGGAACAAGGCAUUAACCCCAACAAGCUCCUCUCAAGCUCGCGAGUUACGCCGCGGCGUAUGACCGCCGAGUCCAAACCUCCCCGUCCUCGGUGCCGUCAGACCACCGAGAAGAUCUUCCAAUUUGCGCUCGGAGAAGUCCAUGCUUCGGACAAGAGCUUUCAGACCGAAAGCGUUCCCCAACCCCCGAAAGAAGAGAAGGCGGAAGCGCACCGCGAAGUGAAGCAGGAGGUUGUCGACAGGAAGAGGACCGCGGAAAAAGAGAUCCCCACGAGGAGGACCAUGAAGAGGAAGAUCGCGAAGAGGCCAAUCGCAAAGAAGUCGAUUGCGAAGGAGUCGACCGUGAAGAAGAAGGUCGUCAAGAGGGAAGGGAAAUCCUAAGCCUCUCCGGCUAGGUAAAGGAGGUAUGUAGAGGUAGACAAAGGACCCAUGCCACGUGAACUUGGUUACUGAGCGGGCUCUGACCUUGAGGGUGUUUGAUUUCAUAGGAAAUAUUGCCAUAUCGCCGCUUGACGUCCGAUAACACACAAGUCUCGCGUCACCAACUUUUCACGAGAUUUG